GAAGCUUCAUCGCGGUAUUCGGACUGCUCGGUGUUCUCGUUAGCCUCAUUGGUUCAUCACAGAAGCCUGUGCCCAAGGUAUGCAUGCAUACAUUUUAUAACCGAUAUGCGGGGCGAUUGAUCUUGCUCGUGGAAUAGCCCUCGAAAAAGACGGAUGCACCCACCCCAGACGACGAAAAGAAAGAUGAGAAGGCACCCGUUGCGCCUGCUGGAGGCAAGAGCAAGGAGGAGACGCCAGUCAAGAAGCGCAAGUAAGUGCGUUUGGAGGUGACUGGGACAGGAGUGGUCCGAGUGUGACUGGGAGCGAUUGAGAAGGGUAUCCGCUACUUUGCCUGCUUAUUCUUAUCCUGCUCUAUCCUACCGCGCUGGGGUGAUCAGUGAUCGUGAUUGUAUUCUACCACACUUGGACUUGGUCACAACUAUUAGGUAGUUCUACUCGAUGAAACCCUAACCCGAACAUGCAAUAGAUCUCUCUCACCUGCCCAGUGCCCAUGCUUGUCCUCCAAAGUCUGCACAACUACCUUGCACAGGUCCUUUCACCGCCCUCUAUCCACACAGCGCUACUCGUGAGCCCGGAGGGCGCACUGGUGUCGUACGCGUCGCAGUUAGAUUGCGAGAAUGACCAGGGGUCGGUGUCAAGUUUUGGAACAACGCCGACGGCAAGGGCAAUGGAAUUAACAGCGGACGGUCCCUCUGGCGGGUCGCCUGAUUCAUUCGCUGGGGGGCAAACAAAUAGCAAUGCUUCUGCGUCGGCAUCCACUGACUCACCCUCGCAUUCAUCUGCAGCAAGCUCUGUGGCUCGGUUCAUGCAAUUGACCACAUUACCAGGAGAGCUGCCAGCACGAGUACGGUCAAAAGACGAGGUACGGAAAGUGGCUGGACUGAGUGCAGAAAUAUGGGCUGAAACGAGGGGGGCGGAGGGCGAAGAAGGUAUGGUUGAGAGUGAGCUUGGCCGAAUACUCGUUCUUGCUGUCGAGGAGCCGCAAGAAAACAGCGGGUCUGCAGAAGAACCCCUAUUGCUGCUUGCACUCAAUGGCACAACUGACGCCGAUUGGGCAAGAAUGAGCAGAAAGGCGCGCAAACUGGCUGCCUAUCUGGCACCGUCUGUGAAUAAACAGCGUGGACAGAUGCAACCUGUGUCACCCGUGAGCCCAGCGAAUGGAGCUCCUAAAAGUCGGACGCGGAGUGCGGCGACGUCACCCGGCAGAGCCCCACGCUGAUUCUUUUGGCGACGGCGAUGGGGGUUUGAUUGAGUCUUGUAAUAGGGUUUUACCAUAAUAGGCAGUUCGCCUCGAAGUCUUGCAGUACCGGAAUGUUUCACCAGAGCGUCUCUGCGUCGUUUGAGACACACUAAAAACCGAAUGUUUUGUUGAGAGACAGAAAGGGUACGAUGUACUUCUAGAAUACCCAUGGUUACCGUACAGCGUCC